AUGAAUAUAGUAUUCUACAAGAUUGGCUUCAUCGGAUCCUGGCUCGUCCGUCUUCUCCUGGAUCGUGGUUACACUGUCCAUGCCACUGUCCAAAACCUCCAGGAUGAUGCCGAGACAAAGCACCUCGAAGCCCUAGAAGGCGCUCCGGAGCGACUCCGCUUAUUCCAGCUUAAUCUCCUCGACCCUGCCUCGAUAGUCGCCGCCCUCCGCGGUGCUACUGGUGUCUUCCAUCUCGCAUCUCCAUGCAUCGUUGAUCGCGUUCACGAUCCUGAAGCCCAGCUGCUUGAACCCGCGGUGAAGGGCACGCUCAACGUGCUUCGGGCGGCACAUGAUGGGGGCGCUCGCCGGGUGGUGGUAACCUCGUCUAUCUCGGCGAUCAUGCCUAGCCCCGGAUGGCCGACGGACGUCGUGAAGGACGAGAAUUGCUGGACUGAUCUUGAAUAUUGCCGCGAGAACGGGAUCUGGUAUCCGGCUUCAAAGACUAUGGCUGAGAAGCAAGCGUGGGACUUUGCCAAGGAGAAUGGGUUGGAUUUGGUGGUGGUGAAUCCAGGAACUGUAAUGGGACCUAUCAUCCCGCCAAGUAUCAAUGCCAGCAUGUUGAUGCUGCUUCGACUUCUGCAAGGGUGCACUGAACACUAUGAGGACUUUUACAUGGGUUCUGUUCAUGUCAAAGAUGUUGCGCUUGCGCAUAUUCUUUUAUAUGAAAAUCCAUCUGCGUCUGGGAGGCAUCUUUGUGUUGAAAGCAUAAUUCAUUUCAGCGACUUUGCUUCAAAAGUUGCAGAACUUUACCCAGAAUACAAUCUACCGAAGUUCCCCAAGGAUACCCAACCUGGACUGUUGAGGGCCCAAUAUCCUUCAAAGAAACUGAUUAACUUGGGCUUGCAAUUCGUUCCAAUUGAGCAAAUCAUAAAGGACGCUGUUGAAAGCUUAAAGAGCAAAGGUCACAUAUCUUGAAAGAUAUAUAUAUAUGGUAUUGCGGUCUCGUUUCAUCGGCCUUCAGGAUGGACUGUUUUAAUCUAGUUUAAAAAGUUUGCAGUGUUGGUGGAGUUCAAUCUGCAUGAGCUCACCAUUAGACAAUCAAUAUAUGGAGGAACUUUAUACUGGAGGAAUAUUUUGAGUAAGUGAAAUAACACGUUAAAUAUCGUGCUAGUACCUGUCUGUCUAUGAACUAGGUCAGUAUUAUUA